AUGCGAUUUUGGUGGCCGGAUUGGGAGCCCCGGGAGCGCUCUCUAUCUAGCGAUAGUGAGUGCUCUACGGACAGCCAUUCCAGUCUCGCCAGCGAUGCGUCUUUCUAUGACGCGUCGCCUGAUGACGAAACUGGAGUGGGACACGACGAAAUUCCCCCUCUCCCAGAUGACACGCAACUGGUCACUGGGGAAGAGGCGGGGCAGUCUGAUUUAAGACUGUUCCCAGAAAGUUCGUCACCCUUCUUUGCGGAACGGGUGGGACGAAACUGCCUGGGAACGGUCGCCGUCGGACAAGGGGUAGGGGUACACACUGGUACCUCCAAUAAUUCCCUUCCGGGGCCCCAAAAUGGGCCCCGAGUGCGUCUACGCGCGCCAUCGCCUCGCGGCGAUGACGCGGAGUUAGGCGCCGCAACUUCGGGCACGGGUUCGGAUCCCGCAUCGCCCAGUGCCUACCAAGUUUCCGCGCGCACAGAGGUCUCUGUCGCGCGCGAGGCCCCCCGGUCUCCGGCCCCGAUUUUGGGUGCCAUCAUUGACCGGGAAGAGGCCCGGCGACCCCCCGUUGGUACCUCCGAAGGUACCUUCGACAAUAUACUUGGUUUAAGUAUAGGGGUCGCCGCUAUUCACGACACCAUUCAAGACAACGAUCAAGACUCCUCGGGCCAAGAUAGCGUCGUCUCCGCCGGCCUUGCAGAGGCCACGAGACCGCCUCCCGCCUCCUCCGCGCGCCGUUUGGCUUCCCCCGCCUCGUCGGACGCUCCCGCCGCUGCCGUGGCCUCGCAGGAUGAAGAUGCGAUUGUUGGCAUACCCGGCAGGGCGGGCGUUACGCUGCCCGACCGGGUAUCGCCGACACAAGGACAAGGACUGCAGAGCGACGGCUCCCCGGGCGCAAGCAUGCGGCGCCCGGGUACCAAGACGUGCACCAAGGGCAUCUACACGUUGCGGAGCGCCCUCCCAGACGUGGGAGCGGCCCAAGACACUGCAAGCGAUGAUGUUGGGCCCGUCAGGGCGGCAAGCAUGCUGCCCGACCGGGUCCAGCAUGGACAUCUACAGAGCGUCGGCUCCCCGGGUGCCCACAGGCAGCCCCCGGGUCCAGACGCGUGCGCAACGGGUCCCCCCGCCCUCCCGCUCGCUCCGGAAGCCCCCGCCGCCGCUCGAGACCCCGCGAUUGUUGCUCCUCCACCCGGCAGGGCGGCACGCAUGCUGCCCGACCGGGUGCAGCUCGGGUCCGCGCUCGUAGCCGCAACGGCUCGCGCACUGGGUGCCUUCCAAGGCCCCAGCGACCCAGAGGAUAGCGAAAACAGCGACGGCGGGGCCCCCGACGACGACACUGCCUCCUCGAUGGACGACGACGCUGCCACCUCCUCAAGUGAUGACGACCGGCUCGGGCAUGUAGCUACGGAGCUGCCUGCCCGAGCUGGAUACACUGCAGUGGCCGCGGCCCCUCACCAUGGGCUGCCACGACUACCGCCAGCGAGGCCGUGUCCACUGCAGCAAUUGUUUAUGUCUCACGUACCUGUGACGACCGGCUCGGCAGGCAGGCUCCCAUACUGCCUGACCGAGUCGGGUGUGACGCUCCGAUGCCUUGCGGCGACGAGCCGUCCGCUGUUGCUGGGCCCUGCUCCUGCCACGACCGCAGCCGUCCCCAUGGAGGUGGACCAGGGCGCGACGUGGCAGGCAGCAAGCCUCACUCCGCCGUCUCCUCCUCUCGUGCUCCGCCUCAACGGCAAGCGUCGCCGCUUGAACGACGAGGAUGACGGCGAUGAACGCGAGCAAGCCGAGCAACUGCUGCUCGAGGACGUUGAGGCCGGCCCCAUGAACUCAGCGCUUUGGCCAUCCACGGCUAGCGCACUCCCGGCCUCCGUCCUGGCCGUGUAUGCCCACAACGCGCAGCGCUUCACGUGCACGCUGUGUACAUACACGGCGUCAAGCUUUGCUUCGCUCAAGCGCCACCGGGACUCAAGGCACCGCCGCAUCGCCUUCCUCGACCGGUUCUCGGCAGGUUGUGCGUGCGGCACACCUUUCGUGUCGAGGCUGGCUGCAGCUAACCACGCUCGCGCGUGUGCCAGCCUCCGCGACACUUCGGCUGCGACCGCAUCAGCAGCCGGGGACCUCAGCCCCACUGCUGGUGCAGUCAAUGCCACCGCUACGGUGGCCGACACCGAACCCGUGCUGCCCCGCCAAGACCCUCCGGUGCUCACUGUGUCCCCCCCACAGUCGAGCACCACUCAUGACAGGUCAACAGAGUCAAGAUGGAGCCCCCCGCUCCCAAGGCAGCUGGUUGCUUCUCGCGUUGCGUCCCGCCUCUCCGAGGUUCCCGCCCCACGUUGGGGUCCACCACUGCCUCGCAGCGUGGUGGUGUCAAGGAUUGCCGACCGUCUCCUCCCGCCAGAGUUAACGGAGGAGGAGGAGACCAAGGCUGGUGACAGCGACGACGAGGACGUCAACGACGACCCAGACAUGGACGGCGAGUGGCUGCUGCGCUUUGACGGUGCCUGCCGGGCAAACCCUGGGCCUGGUGGCGCCGGCGCUGCGUUGUUCAAGCCCAGCGGCCCCGUAGUGUGGACGUGUUCCCACUACAUGCCGAGCAGCGGCGAAACCAACAACACGGCCGAGUACACCGCGCUGCUGCUCGGCACACGGGCUGCCGCCGACCACGGUGUCACGCGCCUACGGAUCGAGGGUGACAGCACUCUUGUCAUCCAGCAGGUGCGUGGCAUCUUCGCCACACGCAACAAGCGCCUGAGGCAACUGCGCAUUGCGGUCAAGGCGGAGCUGGCGCGGAUGGAGCGGGCAACGCUUCAUCCCAUCGACAGGCAGGCAAAUGGUCAUGUCGACCGCCUCGCCAACGCCGCUCUUGACCGCCGCACGACCACGUUGGAGUGUGGGGUGCAUACCGAUGGACAUGGAUGCACCUCCACCUCCACGACGGCCCCUGCACCCGCAGCUGCACCUCCGCCUGCCACACCGCAUGUCGCGGUGGGCACUGAAGAUCCCCCAAGCCCCGCAGAUGAUGAUGACAUGGGGGACAUCGAUGAUGGCGAGGUGUAUGCAGCGAUAAGUGUAGGGCCUGAUGCAGUGCCUCCGCGCCGGUCCCGACUGCGCCUACGGCAGCUAAACGAAGACGAGGGAGAGGCUGCGGGCAAGUUGGUGGAGCGGCUAGCAGCGAGGCUAGCUGCCAAGAUAACGGACGCUGAUGACUGGGAGGAGGCGGAGGGCUACAUCACAGCCCUCCCGUAUGCGCUGUACGAUCAACUGCAGCCUUACUCCCAGACACAGCACCCCGCCCAACCUCACUCCCAGCGCCCGCAGCUGCACCAUCCAGACGUGCGUCCUGCCAGGCGACCGGAGCCACACCAAGGUCCAGCGCAGGCCGUGACGCUAGACGGUCAGCGCCAAGGUGGCAGCCGUUCACGUCGUCGCCGUGGUCACUCCGGUGGUGGCAUGGGGCGCCGGCGCACACGUCCGCCCCGUGUGACACGUCAUCACCGUGAGCACCGGCUUGACGAGGCUCUGGACGCCAUGCAUGCUGUCCAGCGUAGCGAGCCGGGCAACCGCAAGGUUGUUGCCAAGGCACGUCGUCGUGUGGGGAGGAUCACCUCCUCCAUUUCGCAGCAACGCCUCCGCCACCUCUUCGAGACUUCGGAGAAGGUGUGUGUUGAGAGCAUCCUGGCGACGGCUCGGUCCCAGCGCGAGGCAGACGAGGCUGCGGCUACGCCAGCCAGCACCUCUGCGCCUCCGCCGGACUGUGUGGCCGUGGAGGAAGACACCUGCCCUAUUCCAGGGGAGAGCCUGCACCGGUUCUUUACCGAGGUGAACUCCCCGGUGGGUGCCUUCGACCCUAUGGCGCCAGUUGGAGCCUCGUUCCGCGCGGCCAUGGACCGCCUGCCUCCAGCGACAGUUGACAUGGCGCUGCUCACGGAUGGGCCGUCUUCGCAUGAGAUCGAGGACCAAGUGCAGCGUGCGCGUGGCAGUUCCAGCCCUGGCUUGGACGGUGUCGGCUAUGACAUCUUCAAGCUGUUCACGGCCCAGCUUCUGCCCGCCCUGCAUGCGGCGUUCGCGCGCUGCUGGCAGUCCAAGCGUGUGCCGCAGAGCUGGAAGGUUGGCGUGGUGCGCCUGCUGCACAAGAAGGGCGAUCGGCUCGACCCAUCCAAUUGGCGGCCGAUCUGCUUGCAGCAGGCCAUCUACAAGUUGUACGCCGGCGUCUUGUCGCGUCGCUUUACGCGCUGGCUCGACGUCAACGGUCGCCAUGCCGACGCGCAGAAGGGCUUUCGAGCCAUGAACGGCUGCGGGGAACACAACUUCCUCGCAGCCAUGCUCGUCGACCAAGCCCGCCGCAAGCAUCAAGAGUUGCAUGUCGUGUGGUACGACUUUGCCAACGCUUUUGGUAGCGUGCCACACGACUUGCUAUGGGAAGCGCUACAACGGCAGGGUGUUCCGCCCGAGUUUGUCGCUUGUUGCCGUGGUCUCUACGCAGACGCAGCGUUUACAAUUGGUAACGCUGUGGAUGGGACCACGGCACCGAUCGCGUUGAAGGUGGGGGUGUUUCAAGGCUGCCCACUCAGCCCCCACCUCUUCACCGCCGCAAUCGCCCCGCUGCUUCACGCGCUCAAGUCGCUGCCGGACACUGGAGUGACGAUGUCCAGCGAAGACCGUCCCGGUGCUGCUGCUUACGCAGACGACUUGAAGACAUUCAGCAGCACCGUGGACGGUAUCCAGCGUCAACACUCGGUGGUGCACGACUUCCUACGCUGGACUGGCAUAAAGGCUAACUCGCUGAAGUGCAGCACCAUGUCAGUCCAGCGAGAUGUGCGUGGUCUCCACCAGACCAGCGACCUCGGGCUGCAGCUGAACGGCACCCCGAUCCCCGCGCUCAGCGCCUCCGACUCUUACCAGUACUUGGGGAUCGGGGAUGGCUUCGACCAUGUGCGCCGUCGCGUCGAGCUGGGACCAGCUAUCGCCCAGCUCAAGCAUGAUGCGACGGCACUGCUGCAGUCCGGGCUGGCGCCGUGGCAGGUGGUCAAGGCGGUCAAGGUGUACCUUUACCCGCGCGUCGAGUACGCCCUCCGGCACUUGCGACCGUUCGCACAGCAGCUGGAGGGCUUCGAUCGCCACCUUGUUCGCGGUCUGCGCCACCUGCUGCGGCUGCCAACUAGCGCUACGACAGCGUUUCUUUACGCUCCUGUUUCUCGUGGAGGUUUGGGGCUUCUGCCCUUGACGGAGCUGCACGGGGCACUUCAAGUGGCACAUGGGUGGCAGAUGUUGCACUCUUCUGACCCUGCCACCCAGCGCAUUGCCCGCCAGCAGCUCCGUCAAAUUGCAGAGGCCCGCUACAAGUUGGAUGUCGUGCUGUGGAAGGACCGUGAGGAGGAGCUGGGCGAGCUCCUUCUCAACAGUAAGCUGGGGGCGUCGGACCCAGCGCCGCCCAAGCGACGGAAUGCGGACAUUGGGUCGCUGUGGUUCGACGUCCGUGGGUCACCUUCACCGCUUCGGCCUCAAGUUCGAGAUGGCUCCGGCGGUGGAGGAGACAGGGACCCCGGCGCAAAGGUUGCAGCUUCGCGUGCCCCACCACGAUGGUUGGUUGGACCAUAG